AAACGUCCUGUCAAAAUCUUGUGCGCAGCUCCACGUGCCCUUGAAACCCUCUCAGGUCAAAAAGGUUAACUCAAUCAAAUCUAUGAUAAACUUUUAAUACUCAAAACACUGCAAAUUUUCGGCGUUUCACACCGUGACCGCGCUCAGUGAACAUGUCGAGAUUCGCCAAAGUCGAACAAGGGCCCCCUAUCGAGGUUUUCGCCUUGAAUCAACAAUUUGCGGCCGAUAAGGACCCGAACAAAGUCAGUUUGGGGGUUGGAGCCUAUCGUACUAAUGAGGGUCAACCUUGGGUUUUACCAGUGGUUCGCGAAGCUGAAAAGAUCCUCGCUGCUGAUGAGAAACUAAACAAGGAGUAUUUGCCGGUUUUGGGCUUGGAUACUUUCAGCUCGGCGGCGACUCAGAUGCUCCUGGGGGCUGAUAGUCCCGCCAUCAAGGAAAAUCGGGCUUUCGGAGUUCAAUGCCUGUCCGGCACGGGCUGUCUCCGCGUCGGGGCCGAGUUCCUCGCCCGCACCGUCGGUUACAAAACCUUCUACGUUUCUUUGCCCACAUGGGAGAACCACAAAUUAGUAUUCACCAACGCCGGCUUCAACGACAUCAAAGAGUACAGAUACUGGUCAGCGGAGUCUCGCGGUCUCGACCUCAAAGGCUUCCUGGAAGACCUCAACAAAGCCCCCGAAAACUCAGUCAUAAUCCUGCACUCCUGCGCCCACAAUCCCACUGGAUGCGAUCCCACUCAGGACCAAUGGGCCCAAAUCGCCGACAUUAUGGAAAAAAGGAAACUGUUCCCCUUUUUCGAUUCUGCGUAUCAGGGAUUUGCCUCAGGGGAUUUAGAGAAGGAUGCGUGGACUGUCAGAUAUUUCGUCAGUCGAGGAUUUGAGCUUUUGUGUGCGCAGUCUUUCGCCAAGAAUUUCGGGUUGUAUAACGAACGUGUGGGGAAUUUAACUUUUGUCACCAAAACCACCGAUGUUAUCCCCAAAGUCAAGUCACAGGUGACUUUACUUGUCCGGGGGAUGUACUCAAACCCGCCUAGUCAUGGUGCUAGAAUCGUAGCACACGUCCUAAGCGAUCAAAAAUUGUUCGAACAAUGGAAAGGCUGUAUUAAAACGAUGGCAACGAGAAUUAUCGAGAUGAGAAAAGCUUUAAGAGCGGCUUUGGAAAAACUAAAUACUCCAGGGGAUUGGAGUCAUAUUACGUCGCAAAUUGGCAUGUUUUCGUAUACGGGACUUAAUGAAAAACAGUCCUUACACAUGAUUGAGAAACACCACAUCUACAUGCUGAAAUCGGGGCGUAUUAGCAUGUGUGGAGUCACUCCCGGGAAUGUCGAUUACGUGGCCAAAGCAAUUUACGAAACUGUAACAAAUUGUCGCCAAAACUUGGGAAACAAACUUUGAAAAUGCUCAAGGACAGACUAAUUUAUGAAAAGUAUUAUAUGGUUUUUUACAAUGAUGGGCAAGAAAAGGUUAAAAUAAAUGGUAAUAAGUG